AUCUUGGCAUUUCUGGAAACGCUAUCCGCAAACUCUCCUCUUACGAUGACUUCGUCGGCUACAACGCCUGCUGACCACGUGACUACAUCACAGCGAUAUGGAUCACUCGAAGAAAAUACUAGCAUAGCAUAUGUCUCAGCGAUAUCUGGUAACAGCGAAUUAAUACGAAAACUCGCAGACCACGAGCAAAUGGUCUCGCAGGUCGCCCUUCAAUUCCGUGCCCAGCCAGAACUUAAUGAUCUCAUCGAUCAUGUAAAGAAGCUAUACAGUAUCAUCAAACCUUUCACUAGAAACUUGGGCACCCACACUUUUCUAUCAGGAGCAGAAACAUUCCCGAUGACAUCUAACUCGUCGAACUCGUUCAGGACAGCUAGGUCACAUCUUACAGGACCCAGCCAAUCAGAUACACUGGAGAAUUCUACAGCUUCGCUCCUUCCUUCACUGCGACCGUCCCCACCACGGCGGCGGACAAACGCUAGAAUAAGAGACGUUCAAUCCUGGACGAAUCUACCACGGCAGAUGCACUGCCGCGAUUCGGUGAAAGAUAUCAGACGAUUUCUCGGAUCCUUUGGCUCGACAAACCGCCACGAUCUAAAUUUGACUACACGUCUUUUCUUUGCCGUAGGUAGCCCCUAUGCUAUUCUUCAGCUUCGGGAUAUUUUUAAAGCCUUGAAGAGGAAUGAUGCAUUAUUACCUUUCUCAAAACCCAGCACCUUGAAGACUGCCGUGCAGGCCAUCGCACGGUCGGGAGAUCUGAAGUUGGUCGCGCGAUUGCAAAACAGAAUAAGUCGAUUCUAUCUGGUUAACAUAUAUGAACGGAGAGCGAGAAGGUUAUAUGCCAAUAACCAGCGUCCCCGAAGUUUUGCAGACUCAGAAGUAUUGUCGGCUAUUAUCAUUGAAAACCAGCCUGACCUUGAAAGCGAUAACGAAGAGCUCCAAAAUCAGAUGAAAACGCUCCGAAACCUUCUAUAUUCCUCUAGAAACUGGUAUCGUUUGGCUAGUCGUUUUGGGGUCGGUAUUCUACUAUUAGUACCAUGGGGCGGUGAAUUCGACAUUUAUGAUUCUCACAUUCAGAAGAUCUCACAACUUGAAUUUGAUGGGUUUGUCAAUUUACUGGAUGAGAAGCGAGGCGUUUUUCUGAGGAGAUGUAGUAGAAGUGGAAUUCAACGUUUUCGAAUGCUCUCUAACUUUGAGACAAUUUGCCCGACUAAGCUGGAGGAAAUUGCAACAACUGAGGCUAUUACUGAGAAGCAUUUCGAUUCGGAUGGACUGCUGGAUUUAUUGAGACCUGUGUGACUAUUUUGCCGGAAUUAGGUAACAAUGAAAUCCGAAUAUGGC